AUGGCUCCUCCUGGUAGCGUUCGAGAGGUGCUGCUGCCUCAUCAAUCCAAAGUCGACUGGAUCUGGGGCCUCGCAAAAAACGACAUUGCGAUCCCACAGCCCUUGAUGGGUUUCUACUGGAACAUGCCGCAGGAUGCGCCUUGCAUCCUCUCGCUCCCCAAAGCACGCCGCUGCUUCAAGCGCGGCGAGAUCCCUCACGGCCGUCGUAGCGUGGCCUGGGACGACGGUUACGUCUGCGAUGCGGCCGCUGCUCUUCGCGUCAGGCGUGGUCCUAAGAUGAACACGCUCGUUCGGCCGAGGACGUGGGAGGACAUGUACCAGUACUUUGACGCCGUCGAUCUCUGGACCAUGGGCGCCUGGAACCUCUGGCGGGUCGUCCAUUUCGCAUGCGACGAGAACGAAGGGGCCCCCGGCGAGCCGUCUUCCUCCAAGUUCGCCGCCUUUGAAGUCGUCGACGAGUGGGCAUACGAUUGGUGCACCCACGAGGAGCACCGCACUCGCCUAAGCGCGUGGGACGAGCGGUCCGAUAUCCUGUGCGUCCUGUCGCCGGCCGAGAUCAACAAUGUCUCGUGCUGCGGUGUCCAGGAGCUCUCGGCGCUCCGCGGGGCGCUCAGGUACUGGUCUCGUUUCUACAAGAACCAGUCCCGACAGGGGGACAACGGCCAGGGCGUCUCGGCCGUGUCGGCAAGCAGCAGCAGCUGUCAAGACGCUCAGGACUCGUCGCCUGCUCGCGCACUCGAUGGUACGUACGAACUUUACCGGUUGGACUUCUUCUCCCCUCUUGUGUCGGCCCCUGAACUGGAAGCAUAUUAUGGCGAAACCGAGAUGGCUAACCGCGUCACAGAUAAUGACAUCGCCCUCAGCAGGCCCGAGCCGAGCUCCAUCGCGCCGACCAGCCGUCCGCGGCGCCGCUCCAGCUCGCUAUCCCUGCCGCGCGCAAGCUCGCGCCGGGACGACGGCGAAUAUACCUACGUCGCGAACCCGGCCGUUGUCAUUAUGAAUGGAACGACCGCCGCCAGGACGCACCAGCUGUCGUCCGGCUCUAGGCUGGCAGAAGCUCGCACGGGCGAGAAGCAGGGCAGGGGUCAUAAGCAUUCCAAAUCCGGCCCGGCUCCCGCGGUUCGUCCGGCCCAUUCGCUGGCAACGAGAGGCGCUGGCGUCGAGGGCCCAGGCCCCUCCCGGUUGCCGAGCAGCUCACAAAACCUAUUCAGCCGGGCCAACGGUGCUUCUCGACAGCCGAACCAGCCGACCCAGCCGAUCCCCGGCUCCGUCGAGGCCGGCAUUGCCAACAGGACCGGCCACGACCCCCAUCCACGCUCCCAGGGCUCCGGCCAUCGUGCUCGCUGCCCCAAUCACGGCCGCCGGAACCACGGCUCGGAUUUCAGGUUUGCCCCCUGCUCUUGCCAGCAGUGCGUCGAGAAAGCGCGCAGCGUUCAUAUCGCACCCCUCGAGAUAGGAGACAUGUCCAACAGGGAGGCCCGGGCCGCCAUCGCCGAGCACCUGAGUCAGUGGGGCCACGUGGAGGGCUGCGAGCUGAAGAAGUCCUACAGGGACAACUACUACGCCCUCGUCCGGUUCUCCAGCGAGGCCAGUGCUCACCUUGCCGUCCGCCGGUCGAAAGAGGAUGUCCGCGGACACCCGAGGCUGGGAUGCUUCACCAUCUCCUACCCGCUGAGAUCCAAGCACUUCAGGCCCGAACCCAGACCUCGACUGGGGAGCAGCGGAAGUCAUCAUUCCGCGGGCAACGGGAGCCCAUCUUCGGGUGGCACCGGCAAUCUCUCCUCGGCCCGGGACGGUGGGAGCCCUCGAUACGGUGGUGGCUCUCAGGGCACACGGCAGUCGUUCUCACAAGAGCGGCAGUUGCAGCAGCGCUUCGGUCGCGGUUCACGCUCGCACCAUCACCAACGGGCCGAGAGGGCACUCCUCUCCAGCAUCAGGACGCCCCCCCGUCGGUCACUGAGCCACCAGUUCCCGGAUCCGCCGCACCCGGCAGCCCCUGGGGCCAAGCGGUCGCACAGCAUGAUGCAGCCUGGUCAGCUCCAGCUCCAGCUCCAGUUCCAGUACCGGAACCAGAACCAGCAUCGGCAUUGGCCUUCAUCGUCCGCCGGCACCUUCUCCGGCUCUCCCUCGUGUGAGAAUGGACCCUGGUCCAGCCACCACUACCCUCGGGGAGCUCCUUCGUUCAACCCGCAUCUCCCACCGCCGCCACUCCCGGGGCAUUACGUACCACCACCUCCUUACCAGCCAUUCUUCAGCAGCCCGUACCCACACCAUCCCUGGCCGGACAUGUCCAUGCCACCCGCUGCGUCUUCGUACUAUCCGCCCCUGCCCCCGCCUCCGCCCCCGCCUCCGCCGCACGCACAACACUAUCCCGGUUCUGAGGAGGCGCGUCACCCCGGGUUUCACUGCGCCGCAAGGUCUCCGCAGCCGCCUCUUCCUCAACCGGCUUACGGCUGCGGCACUCAACCUCAGGGCCAUUCCUCCCCAACCUUCUCCGCGCAGACAAAACCGCCUUCUGAAACAGAGGCAUUUGGGAGCUACCCGAUUUCAUCCAACACCUCAACCCACUCGGCUCAGAGUUCUAUCGCGAGCACAAGCGUCAAGGUCCGCCUGCCGGAGUUUCCCGAGGAUAAGCACUUCCCGGACACCGUCCCUAUCCUUCCGAGUCAUAACAAGGUCAAGGAGGAUAGUCCCGUCAGGCGGAUCAAUUUUGGUGAUGUGUCUUCUUCCGAGAUGGACACCGGGGGGCCCGCUCCCGUCACCGUCCCGGAUCGUAUCAGGGCGCGCCCGAACAGCUCUGUGAGGCGCAUCACCUUUGGAGACUUUGGUCCCCCCGAGACGCCGGGGUCGACAACCGCUUCUCCCGCUGCUGCUGGGCGCUCAGAGUCCACGACGCCCACACCAGCAGCUGCUCCGGCACCCCCCAGCGCACCUCCCGCCGGCAGUGCAAUGACAUGCAGUGGCACUCAGGUCCUCACCUCGGACGACGACACCCGAGCGCCCAGAGGUCCCCACGCUGGGCGCACCCAGCAGCCGACUCCAUCCACUCCAACCCAACAACAACAGUACAUCAACGGAUGCCGCGAACCCCACGUGAGCCACGAAUCCAAGCCGGCCAACGCAGAGAACGAUCAUGAAAAUGAAACGGGGUCUGAAGGGCAACUCGACAAACCUACCACACUCCCGUCUCGUCAGAACGUGGGGGACGUCAGGCUCGAUCCCGAGUACAACGCCACCGUGAUCCGCCGGCCGCCGCGCCAUGGCCGCGUGUAUUCUUCCUGGAUAGGGGACGGAUUCCCCCCUGUAGCUCAGCCGACCUAUCCGGAUGCUUCAUCGCAGCCGCAAGCUGGAGGAAUAAACGCCGCAACAUGGCUGCAGGCACAGGAUGAGACUUCGCCAUCCCAGGCUUGGAACCCGGCCGUCGCACCUUUUGCGCCCGCCCCGCGACCUCAGCAUUACCAGCAUUACCGGCCUGGCGAGCCCUACAUGUUGAAGCAAAAGGGCAAGAAGCGGAGAAACAAGUAUAGGAACAAGUCCCGCCUCAGCUCCCAGACCGCAACUCGCUCGAGCACUCCCAUCCCCGAGGCCGCGAACCACAACAACGCUCUUGCGCCCCAGGAGGCGGCCGCCGGCCCAUCAGCCUUCGCCAACGGCGAGACGUCGGCCCGUUCGUCCCCGGGGCAGCACCAGGACACCACCAUCCAGCCCCUUCUGCUUCAGAGCGGAGAGGACCACCAGCCCGUCGUACCCCAGCCGCAGCAGCAGACUCCGGGCGACGGCGGCAUUGCCAACCACGUCGAGGAGGCGAUUGACGGCGUGGAAACCCGCAACGGCAUGCUGAAGCGGGACAGGAAGGGCAAAGGAAAGGCGGCCUCGCCAUCUCGUGUGGCAGUUCAAGCCAGCAGCAAAGGCGGCGGCGAUUGGCUGGAUGAGCACGCCGCGGUGGGCAACGGCGGAGAGAGUAGCAGCAGCACAACGGGUAAAGGCUGGAAGAAGAGUGCCGGCCAUGGCAGUGGUAGUGGUGGUGGCGGCAAGAGCUGGCACUGGGCCCGGAAGAAGGCGGCCGGUGACCAGAGCGGCGGCGAGAAGACGGCUCCUCCCCCGAGCGUCGGCGAGACAAGACAAGACGGCAACGCGGCGGAGAGAAAGAACGGCGCGGCUCACACCGUCAAGGAGCUCGCGCACGACACCGGCGAGGACAUUACCGCCGCCGCCGCCGCCGCUUCCGAGGCCGAAACUGCCGACAAGACCGAUACGACCAAGGACAACGAACCCGCCAUCAUUACCACUACCACCACCACCACCAACAACAACAACAACUACAACUACAACUACAACGCUGCGGCCUACGCCAAGAGAGCCGGCGCCGCAACCCGCCCGUCCGCAUACCGCGCCAACGCGGGCGGCUCCCUCCGGAUCCCCCGGCAGCGGCUCGCCAUGCACGGCGGCAAGAAGCGACCGCCACCCGCGGCAAGGGGCGACGAGCAGGAGGAUCACGAGGAGGAGGAUCACGAGGAACAGCAGGACAGAGACGCAGAAGCGGAAGCGGCGGCGGCGGCGGCGGCGGCUGUUAUCACUGCUGCAGAGAAGAGCCGCGGCAUUCCCGGAAAGAAGAAGAAGAAGAAGGGGACCAGCAAGAAAGGGAAUAAAAAGAAGACGAAAGGCAAGAAGGGUAACAAGAAGAACAACCACAACAAGAAGAAGAAGAAGAAGAAGAGGCAACAAAAAGGAAAGAGAAAGGAACCGGCGAGCGACCUAGAUGGCCAAGGCGAAGAGGGAGACAUGAGGAUCAAGAACUGGUUGGCCGAAACGCCGGGCGGGAAACCGCCAGCCCGUUUGCUCGUCGUAAUGUUGUUCCUUUUGCUUACCGGUCUGGUCCAGAUUGGCGCGUUGUGGGACUGGUUAGGGCCCGGAGGGCGAGCACAGGUGUCAUUCCAAUCUUGA